AUGACGUUUCAUAGCAACCACCGACUCCACGUUCACAAAGAUCGUCAAGAUCUAUUCAAAUUGUGGAUCAAAGAUAAAUAUUGUAAAGUAGAGGCACUUGUGGAAAAAUCAGAAGGAUAUUCGAUAUCGGAAAUUCGAAAAAUAGCGACAACAGUGAAUGUCGAAUGUGCUAGCCGAGGUUCCUCGCGUGUCAACGAAUUGGAUAUUCGAAAUGCGAUGGAAACGUUCACCGCAGGCAAGAUGGAAAAAGAAACUUUCGAGCAAAUAUUGCCAAACUUAAAUGACGUUGGUGGAAUGCGCGAACAAAUUAAAUUAUUGGAACAAGUUAUCGUUUGGCCAAAAAAGUACCCGAAAUUGUUUGAAUCUGUUGGAGUACCGGUCAGCAAAGGGAUUCUGUUGUAUGGACCAAGUGGUUGUGGCAAAACACUUCUAGCCAAUGCUAUGAUUGAAUUUUCAAAAUUCAAUCUAAUUUCUGUGAAGGGGCCCGAACUUUUAUCGAAAUAUAUUGGGUCAAGUGAAGAAAAUGUUCGCAAUGUCUUUACUAAAGCUCGUUCCUGCGCCCCAUGCAUCUUAUUCUUUGAUGAACUAGAUUCAUUGGCCCCAAAACGAGGUUCAGAUUCUACCGGAGUGACAGAUCGUGUUGUAAAUCAGCUUCUGACUGAGAUCGAUGGAGCUGAAGGUGGAAUGAAAGGAGUUAUCGUAAUUGGAUGUACUAGCCGCAUUGAUUUAAUUGAUGAAGCGCUUUUACGACCUGGCCGUUUCGAUCAUCACGUCAGAUGCACUUAUCCAUCAAAGGAUGAGCGUCGGGAUAUUAUUCGGGUAGUAACAAGGGAAUUAAAUGUUGACAAAUCUGUAGAUAUGGAAAAAGUUGUGGAAUCGACUGUUGGCUGGUCGGGAGCAGAUUUAAAAGCAUUAUUUACUAAUGCACUUUUUAAUGCCAAUCGAAAACUUUCCAAUGGUAAAAAUGGUUAUCAAGAUAACAGAGCAUUAAUUGAUAUGAAAUGUCUCUCUGAAGUAUUUGAAGAUUCAAUGCCAAAACCGAAACUGUCGCAGGUUGAUCAUACAUAUUUCAAUCCAACUGAAUGUGAAAUAUGUGCAAUUGUUGCGAGCGAAUGGGAAGAAGCUGGAGCAAGAAUUUUCAGAAAAACGUAUGCUGAUUUCGCAGAUAUUUCAGAUGAUUUUUGUAAGCGUAUGAAUGCGUUCAAAAUACAUAAAGAGAAAACGGGAAUUGAAAGAUUUUCAAAAGCGCCUUCUAAAACAAUUGAAUCGUUAAAAUAUCUAAGGAAUCGAGGAGUCGAAGUAGAGAUUGGAUUGCCAUACGAACUUUGGGACCAGCCAUCACAAGAGAUAACCCUUCUCCGAUACGGUUGCGAAAAAAUAAUGGAAAAUUACGAAGAUAUUAUUGAAAUAUGGUUCUUCGCAAAAGACGACUCCAGAAAUUUAACCGUUGUUUUUGAAUUAUAA